AGCCGGGGCGGGCGGGAAGAUGGGGGGCCCCAGGCCGGGACCCGCGCAGCUGCUGGAGGCGCUGCGGUUUGCGCCCAGCCCCUGCGAGUAGCUAGCUCCACGGUUGGAAAGGUCUCUCCCCGGUAUCCGAGGGUGAAAACUAAAACGCGCUGGGUGCCAUCCCCGAGUCGGAGAGGCGAAAUAACACGUGCACAGGACCGUCCUGAGGCUCUGGGUCAGCGCCGCGCCGCCAGAAAGGGCAGGGUAGCUCGGAGACGUGCCCUGCAGGGGCCGGGCCAGCCUGGGUGGGUCUCUCUUGUCGAAUUGCUAAAGACAAAUGGUAAAGCUAAAAGGCAAGAAAAGCAACUGUCCUGGAUAGAGAAUUAGAUAAGUUUGGAUUAAAUAACCAAGAAAGAAAAACAGUUUUCCUUUUCUCAACCAAUUAAUUUGUUUGUCUCCCAUCUUUAAAAGCAUGCUGAUCCCAUUUUCAAAGAACUGCUUACAGUUAUUUUGUAACUUCAAGGUCCCAGCAACUGGCUUUAAAAACACAGUAAAAAGAGGGCUCAUUUUACAGUCAGUUUCCAAUGAUGUUUACCAAAAUCUGGCUCUGGAAGACUGGAUCCAUGACCAUGUGAACCUAGAAAGCAAGCCGAUCCUGUUAUUUUGGAGAAAUUCCCCCUCUGUUGUAAUUGGUAGGCAUCAAAAUCCUUGGCAGGAAUGUAACCUGAAUCUGAUGAGAGAAAAAGGUGUAAAACUGGCUCGGAGAAAAAGUGGAGGAGGCACAGUUUACCAUGAUAUGGGCAAUAUCAAUUUGACUUUUUUUACAGCCAAAAAAAUGUACAAUAGGAUGGAAAAUCUAAAGUUAGUUGUGAGAGCUCUGAACGCUGUCCAACCCCAGCUGGAUGUGCAGCCUACCAAAAGGUUUGACCUUUUACUUGACGGACAGUUUAAAAUCUCAGGAACAGCUUCUAAGAUUGGCCGGACGACUGCUUAUCACCAUUGCACUUUGUUAUAUAGUAUUGAUGAGACCCUCUUGUCGUCUUUGCUCAAGAGCCCUUACCAAGGGAUCAAGAGCAAUGCAACUGCUAGCAUACCUUCCGUAGUAAAAAGUCUGUUGGAAAAAGACCCCACUCUGACCUGUGAAAUACUGACAGAUGCUAUUGCGGCAGAGUAUGCUGCUUGUCAUCACAUUGAGAAUCACAUCAACUUGAUAAACCCAGCAGAUGAGACACGGUUUCCUGGAAUAAAUAGCAAAGCCAAAGAACUACAAACUUGGGAAUGGAUCUACGGCACAACUCCGAAGUUCAGUGUAAUAACUUCCUUUAAUGUGUUACAUGAACAGUCACUCUUGGAAAUUAAAGUACUCAUAGAUGUAAAGAAGGGGAGAAUUGAAAUCUGUAACAUUGAAGCCCCUGAUCAUUGGUUGCCACGGAAAAUAUGUGACAAAUUAAAUUCAACUUUUAUUGGCAGUAAGUUCUGCCCAGUUGAAACUACUAUGCUAACAAAUGUCUUACAUGAAACAUGUCCGGAAGACGAUGAAGUACACAGUAAAUGGAAUAUUGUCUGUGAAAAACUUAAGGGAAUAAUGUGAUUGCAAGUAAAGUUAAUAUUGGCAGGUUCAGUGAGAAAAUAAAAAUUUUUAAUGUGCA